GGUAAGUAUGUAAAUCCCUUGAGAUAUCUCAAAUGAAGAAUGGCUGUUGAAGCAGAAAUCCGGAGGCGCAUAAAAGGGUUGCGGUUGCUCAAAUUUGUGCUUAUAAAUCUGCGUUAAUGGCGGACAAAAAUGAUAGUUUGCUAUUUCAUUAGACAUGUAUAUAUUUCUUCAUUCUGCAGAAAUUCGUACAGAACUUGUGUGAGCGACGCUCUAAACGCCGCUCCCUGACCAACUCUCGGCUUUCGGAGUUCCGAUAAGCUUCCACACCACUCCACAGCCCGAAGUAUGUGAUGACAGAAUGUUGCACCAUUGGAGAUGAUUUUACAUAGAUCCUGUGCAUUGCAGUGGUGAAGCUCAUCUCAUUACGGAUGGCUCAGUUGGUGGAGACAACCGGUAGUGGUGGGCUGCCUGAAAUUUCACCAAUUUGGAUUGUAGAGUUCGCUGUAGAUGAACUCUAUGACAUCCGGGAUACAUUCUUCCCCAAGGACCAGAUGGAGAAGACUGCUCGUUUACAAAAGUAUGCUGAUGCUGCUCUUGCUCUUGUGGAGAGAGUCAUCCCACAAGAACUAAGGAAAUCAACAUCACAGCGUGCACAAUAUGAAUUCUUAAGAGGAAAAAUACUGGAUGUAUUUCCUUAUUAUCAAAAAGAAGCGGAAGAUCAUUUGUCAAAAGCAGUUAAACUGAAUCCAUCUCUUGCAGAUGCAUGGCUAUGCUUAGGUAAUUGCAUCUGGAAGAAGGGAGAUCUACCCUCUUCAAAGAACUGCUUUUCUUUAGCACUAAGCAAGGGCCCAAACAAGAAAAUACUUUGCCAGCUGUCAAUGCUUGAGAGAAGCAUGGCUCAAGGCAAGAUUAAUCUUUAA